AUGGCUUGUGUUCUUAGAUUCGUGUCGAACUGCCGUAGGAGAAAGGAGGGCGUUCCAGUAGAAACGUUGAAGGCUACGGAAAAUCAGGCGAAGUUGUUGAAACCAAUUAGGUGGUCGGUGAUGCGCUCGCCGUUGAAGCAGGAGGAGUUCCAACAGGCAGAAUGGCAUCUGUUACGCGUUGUUCAGGCCGAAGUGUUUGGAGAUGAGCUGAAAACCUUGAUAAGGAAUAGGGAUCGUCCCAUGAACGAGUGGAUAGCGUUGGAGAAAUCAAGCCCACUGUAUAAGCUAACACCAUUGGUCGACGAAAACGGUAUCAUUCGCAUGGAAGGGCGUACAGAGAAGGCAGAGUUCUUUCCGUUCGAUUUGCGCUUUCCGGUGAUCCUGCCGAGAGAGCAUUACGUUACGAGGAUGAUAGUGCAAUAUUAUCACGCACGCCUUGGGCAUGGAUACAGAGAGACGGUGAAAAACGAAAUUCGGCAGCGGUUUUAUAUUCCAAAAGUUGGUGCUUUGGUACAAAAUGUUUCAAAGGCGUGUCAGUGGUGUAAGGUGUUUCGUAGUCGACCACGAGUUCCAAGAAUGGCGGCUCUGCCUGUGGAGCGACUACAACCGUAUCGACGACCAUUCAGUUUCGUCGGCGUUGACUAUUUGGGCCCGGUUAACGUAUCCGUGUCCCGGCAUAGCGAAAAGCGUUGGAUAGUAGUAUUCACCUGCUUUGUGACACGCGCGAUCCAUCUGGAAAUAAGCACCAAUCUGACUACGCAGUCUUGUUUGAUGGCUAUCCAUCGUUUCAUGCAUCGUCGAGGACCGCCGCAAGAAUUCUUCUCCGACAAUGGAACCAAUUUGAAAGGAGCAAGCAAGGAACUGACGAAACGUGUCAAUGACAUCAACAGCGAUUGUGCGGAUGAGUUGACCGAUGCACGUACGAAGUGGACUUUCAAUCCACCAGCUGCCCCCCACAUGGGUGGAGUUUGGGAGCGGUUGGUUAGAUCGGUUAAGGAGGCGUUGAACACACUUAACGACGGGAAGCGGCUGACAGACGAGAUUCUGCACACGUCCGUGACUAGUGCGGAAGAUAUGAUUAAUUCUAGGCCAUUAGUCUACGUACCGCAGGAGAUGGAAGAAGCAGAAGCACUUAGUCCAAACCACUUCUUGCGUGGGAUUUCGCCGAACGAGGCGCAGAUGAUCUCGCCUCCCCCGCAUUCAGCAGAGACUCUACGGGAUGCGUACAAGCGUUCACAGGAGUUGACACAGAACAUGUGGGACCGGUGGAUUAAGGAAUACGUCCCUUCCUUAAACCAGCGGACCAAGUGGCAUGGAGAAUCGACGAUGCUAAAAAAAGGCGACUUGGUCUACGUAGUCGAGGGGUCCAAGCGGAGAUCCUGGAUACGUGGAAGAAUCAAGGAGGUCAUCCCGGCGAGCGAUGGUCGUGUGCGGCAGGCGUUAGUCCGAACGAGCAGUGGCUUGUUUUGGCGAGCUGUUGCGCAGUUAGCAGUUGUUGAGAUAGGCGAUGAUGGUAAAGCUAGACCGGAAGUGGCCUCCGGACCAGGUUUACGGGCCGGGGAAAUGUUGGGAGCACUGCACUGA